AUGCUCGCUUCUGGAUACUUCUUCGUCAUGCUACUCCUCACGGGAGUGGCGGCGUCCUCGGAGCGAGUGUGUUCUUACCAAGAGGUGCUGGACCACCUCAACUUGACCGCACGCAGUGCUUUGUACUCCAUGACAAGGCCUGUCAAAGACUACAAAAAGCCAACGGUGGUGUCACUGGAGGUCGUCCUCUAUGCCAUUCUUGAUGUGAGCGAGAUAGACCAGACCUUCGUUCCCUACGUUUGGAUUUUCACGAGCUGGCAGAAUGAUCACAUCUCUUGGGAUCCAGAGCAGUUUUGCGGGAUUAAGAGCAUCUGUCUUCCCACUGAAUUGUUUUGGAAACCAGAUCUCACCAUUGAAGAAAUGAUCGAGAAGGACAAGGCCCCGCCGAGCCCACACCUCACCAUCUUGAGCGACGGUCGUGUGCACGUGCAAAAUGACGAGGUGCUGGUCAGCACGUGCAAGUUGCACAUCUACCAGUUCCCCUUCGACCGGCAGAGUUGCAACCUCACCUUCAAGUCUGUGGUCCACUCAUUGCAGGAACUCCAGCUGCUUCACUUGCUCAGCUCUGCCGAGGCUACCCAGUGGUCGCGAGAGGUAAUGCGCACGCAGAACGAGUGGAUCUUCAUCGGUAUGACCGUCGUCAACAAGACCGGCAGCGGGUUCGGCUUCGAGCAAGACAUGAUUGUUUAUACUAUCAACAUGAAGAGAAGGCCAGUGCUGUACAUCAUCAACUUUCUAUUCCCGGUCCUCUUCUUCCUGGGUCUGGACUUGGCCUCCUUCUUCAUCUCAGACAGAGGAGGCGAGAAGCUGAGCUUCAAGGUGACUGUGUUGCUGGCCGUCACCGUCAUGCAGCUCAUCCUCAAUGAGAUCCUGCCCUGCUCCUCCAACAAAAUCCCUCUCAUAGCCGUCUACUGCUUCGGUAUCUUUGCUCUGAUGCUGCUCAGCCUGCUGGAGACCAUCUUUGCUAUGUACCUGAUGGAAAAAGAUAAUGGCGGCGAGGAGGCGACGGCCGGCGAAGAUCGAAGCGGCACUGAGAACAAAAAUCGAAAUUGUGCAUGCAUCUGUAAAGGGCCCACAGAUGAAAAUCCACCUGAAAUCCCAAAGGACGCCCAAAUGAUGGAGUCUAGGUCUCUGAAAAGACUCUCUGAUGAGACGAAAGACUUGAUGGAGGCCCUCACACGGCUUCUGGACAGCAAGAAGGAAAAGGAGGACAAGCCCGGCUACUGGACCAGACUCACCUUAAAAAUCAACAGAAUCUUUUUCAUCAUCUAUGUCGCUGCUGUGUCUUUGUUUUUAGCCGUCAUGUGCUUCAUCUGGCAAAGAAACCACCAAGAAUGAGAGACCAAAAACGUCGUUAAUAUGGUGACACCUCAGAGUAAACAGGCUUUAGACAGCAUGUGCAUGCCGUUGCUAUGUAGUAUUAUUGACGCACAACAGAGUUCUUUUUAAAUAUACGGGUUAAGUAAAUUGUUAACAACAUGCAUGCCUGAAAUAAAAAUUGGAUUUCACAACCUUUCCCUGUUUUAUGAAAACAAAAAAAGAAAAACCUUCCUUCCAUUUUCUAUGGUGAGGCAGAC